UCUUUUCGCCUCUUGCUCGGCACUUGAGCCAGCAAGAUGGGUCGCCGACCCGCGAGAUGUUACCGCUACUGCAAGAACAAGCCUUACCCCAAGUCGCGGUUCUGUCGUGGUGUACCCGACCCGAAGAUCCGCAUCUUUGACUUGGGCCGCAAGAAGGCGCGAGUGGACGAGUUCCCGCUCUGUGUGCACCUCAUCUCCAAGGAGUUUGAGCAAAUCUCGUCCGAGGCGCUGGAGGCUGGCCGCAUCUGCGCCAACAAGUACCUCGUCAAGACCUGCGGCAAGGACGCUUUCCACCUCCGGAUGAGACUCCACCCCUUCCACGUCAUCCGAAUCAACAAAAUGUUGUCGUGCGCUGGCGCUGAUAGGCUCCAGACAGGGAUGCGUGGCGCCUUUGGCAAGCCCCAGGGCACUGUUGCCCGCGUGCACAUUGGACAGAAGAUCAUGUCUGUGCGUGCCAAGGAGCAGCAUAAGGAGAAUGUGAUCGAAGCACUGCGACGUGCCAAGUUCAAGUUCCCAGGUCGCCAGAAGGUGCACGUCUCGAAGAAGUGGGGCUUCACCAAGUGGGAUGCCGAGGACUAUGAGGAGAUGCGUGCUGACGGCCGGCUGAAGCCUGACGGCUGCUACUGCCACUACCGUGGUGGCCACGGCCCCCUCAACAACUGGAUGAAGAUCCAGAGGGAACUGCGAGGCCUGGAGUAGGCACCACUGAUCACCAGAGACAAUAAAAGGCUCUCCUUGUCA